AGCAACUCCCAAAUCACACUCAUUUUUAUCAGACCAUCAGUGCGUUCAUCUGGGAUAUCUUCUUCAGGGAAAAGAAAAAGGUGAAAAAUGAAUGAACUAGUCAUUUACCUGCUGCUGGCCUCCUCCUUUGCGGAGUUUGGCUCUGCUAACCGGGUCUACGUGCACCCCUUCAACCUGUUUGCCCUUGACAAUGCCACGUGCGAGGUCUUAACGCCCGCCACCGAGCAGGAGCUGGAGGUGAUGAAGGCUCCCCUCCUCAGCGCGCAGGACAAGGCGGAGGCCGACCUCCGCAACCCCGCAGAUAGCGACGGCCUGGGGGGUAACAGCACCGAGCGCCUGGCCUACCUGGUGAACCUCCAGAACCACCUCGGGCUGCGCAUGUACAACAGCCUGCGGGGCAGCCAGAGGGACUCGAACACCUUGUUCUCCCCGAUGGACGCCUACGAGACUCUGGUGACUCUGUAUCUCGGGGCGUCCAAGAAGACGGCCGUUUUCUACAGGGAUCUGCUGGGUAUCGUCAGUCCCUCGGAGGGGGAGGGCUGCGUCUAUCUGUUUGACGGACACAAGGUUCUUCUGACGCUGCAGGAGGUGACUUCGCUGAUGGAUAGUUCACAGGACAAGCUGAAGACCCUCGCUUGGAGCUUUAUUUCACAGGAUGCCGAGAUCUCCAAGGACUUUGUGCGUGGGACACGGGACUUCUCGGAUGCCUCUUUCACACGCUCUGUAGACUUUUCCAAGCCAGAGGAGGCCAAGGAGAUGGCGAACAGCUUCGUCCACAAGACAUCGGACGGGAACAUCAAACAGCUGUUCCAGAACCUCAGCUCAGCAACUAACUUCCUGUUUGCCAGCUCACUGCAUUUUAAAGGCAGUUGGGCGACUUUCAAGCCAGAGUCCAUGGCCAAGCAGGACUUCAAGGUGGAUGAGCAGAAUACUCUGUCUAUUCCAAUGAUGACACACACAGGAAAGUACGAAUACCUUGAUGACACGGACAAGAAGUGUACUGUGGUGAAGCUGCCUUUGGCCAAUCAGGCUUACAUGCUGCUUCUACUGCCCCACGAAGGAGUAGACGCACAGGAUAUUGAGUUGAAGCAGGACGACAUAGACACCUGGAACAAGCAUCUGAAAGAGGGUUAUCUGGAACUGUCCUUGCCCAAGAUCUCUGGGACGGCCCUAACGGACCUCAAGUCUGUGCUGACACACAUGCGGGUGGAUAACUACCUAUUUGGCUCAGACGACAAAUACAGAAGACUCAGCAACAAAGAAAAGUUCACAGUUGAUCAGGUGUACAACGCGGUGGUGUUUGAGAUCUCAGAGGAGCAGCUCCAGGAUUCCCCAAAGACAGAAGAAGAAACAGCCCCCCGGAAGCUGACAGUGAACAAGCCCUUCCUGUUCGCCAUCUUUGAAGGCAACUCUGACGCCAUAGUUCUGAUGGGGAAGAUCAGGAACCCAGUGGAGUAGAGCGAGAGAGAGAGAGCGAGAGCGAGAGCGAGAGCGAGAGCGAGAGCGAGAGAGAGAGAGAGAGAGCUAGAGAGAGAGAGAGCGAGAGCAAGAGAGAGAGAGAGAGAGAGAGAGAGAGAGAGAGAGAGAGAGAGAGAGAGAGAGAGAGAGAGAGAGAGAGAGAGAGAGAGAGCGAGAGCGAGAGCGAGAGCAAGAUGGUGCCAUGGCUGUUCUUCUGGAUAGGAACACCAUCAUCAACUCGUCUCAGAUAACAGAAGAACAUAGUUCAGUUUGGAAGCAUGGUGGACUGUCUCUUACAGUGCUUUCCAACCUUUUUUGUCCUGCGUACCCCCUUGGCAACUUUUUCAUAUGAAGAGUACCCCCCUCGCCCUCAUUCAGGCUCUGUUCCUCUAUCCCAAUGUGACUACACUCAAUAUAUUUGUUAUUUUUACAUUUUUCCACGCACCCCUUGAGGUGUGCUCGCGUACCCCUAGUGGUACACGUACCUUUGGUUGGGAAACCUGAGUUUCACGGCUGGAGCCUCGAAGGCUACAAGCCUCGAAUUUCUCUUUUCUGUGAUAGGCAAAAUGGAUUCAUUAGUUACGCUCUAGGGCCACAUUUUCCAAAAGGCAUCGUUUUACCUGUCCAAUGCAACCAGGUGAUCAUUCAACCAGCCAAUCACCUGAGCUAAAUUGGACAUCUAAAACAAGGUCAUUUGGAAUAUGUGGAGCUGGAUUGUAACUGAUGAUGAAUCCAUUAUGUCCAUCACUGCUCCUCAUUGGCAUGAUGGCUUUGUUCUAGUAUUUAUGUAAAAUGUGUAGCACAUAUCCCCUCUUUUGUAAUAAUAAUUAUUUAUGUGUUCACCGUGUAGUGUUCCCCCCACACCAAGUAGCAUCGAGUGGCACUUGCCACAUGAAAACAGUAAAUCGGCUUUGUGCAAGUGUGUCAUGCAUGUUCGCCCACUGACAUGCCCGGCUGUUGAUAUCUUUCUUUCUUUCUCUCACUCUCUGAGAAAGAAUCACAGUGAUGGAACAAACAGGUAGGAUCAAUUCAUGGUGCUCCAUUUUGGUUCUGCAGAGCAGCAGAAAUGUAGGCAAAACAUUGCACUGGGAAUUUGCACAGAUAUGGAAAUCCCACAUCUUUGGAGAAAUAAAAAAGCCUGACAUAUUGGUGUGGUAUUCUGCCCUACAAAGCAAAAAUGCUCUAACUUCAUUACUGUUAAAAAUGAGUUACUGUGAUUUUUAUGACCUACAGUAUAUAUCAAAUUAUAAAGUAAAAUAAAACGAUUUCUCAGUUAAAAAAAAAAAAA